CCUUUGAAGUCUCAGUAACUUUCAUCUCCUUAAUAAUCUGAACCAUUUGGCUAAAUGUCUACCUCUUCUUCAUCCUUUAUCUCCAAGUUUGAUGUCUUCCUAAAUUUCAGCGCAGAAGAAGACACGAGCAAAGCUUUUGUAACAGAUCUUUACCGUUCGUUAUCAGCAAAAGGCAUUCCAACUUACUACAAAGAUGACAAGCUAGAAGAGGGAGUCUCAUCUUCGGGUUCUGACCUAAGCAAAUGUAUUAGAGAUUCAAAACUAGUCGUUGUGGUGGUCUCGGAAACCUAUCCUACCUCUGUAUCGUGCCUGAACGAGCUCCAAACAAUACUAAACUUGCACGACGAAAGUCAGCUCUCGGUCCUAGUCAUCUUCUAUGGAGUGGAAACUUUGAAUAUAAGAAAACAGACUGGAGAAUACGCAGAACCUUUCCGAAAACUUGGUGAAGAGUAUUCAGUUGAGAAGGUUCAAUCAUGGAGGAGGGCUCUUACCAAACUCGCCGGUAUAUCCGGCUUGGAUUCACGCUUUUGGACCAAAGAAGCAGAGAUAGUCAAUCUGAUUACAAAUGAAAUAUCACUUGUGAUUUCACAUAAGCCGAUCUGUCCAUCAAUAUUCAAAGCGGAUGGACCUGUCGCAAUGGAUCGUCAUAUGCAUGCAUUAUAUGAGUUGCUGGACGUAAACUCCAACAAGGAAGUCCGCAUGGUAGGGAUAUGGGGUCCAGGAGGCGUUGGCAAGACGACGCUAGCGAAAUUCGCGUACGAAGAAAUGUCUGUCAAUUUCCAUGUCCAUAUGUUUGUAGACAACUCUGAAAAGAACUAUCACCAAGAUCAUCAAGAAAUUCAAGAAGAAACUCAGAUUGAUAUCAUCAAAUCAGCGCUUGGACAGCGAAAAGGUCUGCUUGUUGUUGAUAGUGUGGAUAACCUCCAACAGUUAAAGGACAUAGCAGAGAUCGUUGGUUGGUUUGGUUCAGGGAGCAGAGUCAUCUUUAUUACACAGGAAAAAAAUCUGUUAGAUGAAAUUGGUGUGGAGCAUGUCUACGAACUCCAAGCUCUAAGAUACGACGAAGCUCUGCAACUGUUCUCCCGAUAUGCUUUCAAACAGCAAUACCCUCCAACUAGUUUUGAAUCACUCGCUCUUCGUGCUGUCCAGGUUGCCAGUUUCCUUCCCCUAACUCUUCAAAUCCUCGGUUCGUCUUUACAUGGCAAGGAUGAAAGGACUUGGGAGGAAGAGCUGCAAAAGCUAGAAGGAGACCAAGAGAAAACUAUAGCGGAAGUAAUGAAGAAAAGCUACGCAAAAGCAAAUGAGGAGUAGGUAAAUCAAAUGGGUUUAUGCGUUGUCAUGAUGUAUGGUUUCACAUGUUUAAUUAUGAACUGGUCUCUUUUUAAUUUGUAUGCAACUUUCUUGUCAUAUUUUUUAGCAUAGCUAAUGAAAGCACACAAAUGCAAAA